UCAAAAUGUACAUCCAAUAAGGACAUCAUCGAACUGUGUUUAUAAUUUGGUCAGUGAAUGCAGAUUCUGUUUACAAAGAUUUAUUCACAAUCUCUUUAAUACACACAUCAUGAAUUCGUAUUCACUAACAACAUAGUUCAGCUGCCAUGUUCGAAACAAGCAUGCACCAUUCUACUUAUAAAGAAAGUGUGACUAAUGUGUGACAUAGUAAUUUCAUACACAAUUCCUGUAUACUCGAAAAAACACAACGUAUGCUCGAGAACCUAUAGCUUUACCUUUUGCCGUCCCUGGAAAACACAACCUUCCUAAUUGGACGGCGCGACGAAAUGAAGUUCCGGUUCAUGUUUUUGGAGUCCAGCGAUGCUGGCAGACAAUAACGAGUGGAAUAUGCAGAUAUGUAUUCUGAGAACUAAGUGUCAUUCCAGUAAUAUCUCAGGCAAUUCGAAGUCAAACUUGGACAAUAGUUUAAUGCAGCGAUUAGAAAAAUUAAAUAGGAUUACAGAAACUUUGAAUAGCGAAUAGACAGUUUCGUGAACCAAUUGUAUGUUAAUGAUCAUCAUGAUCCAACUAACAGCACAAUGUCUUUUGAAAGCCUAUCGAAACCUAACCAAUAAGCAAAGUAAAACUAACUGAGCCUUCAAUUCGCAUUGAGAAAUGAAUUUCAAAGAGUAGACAAUUUUUACUGUCAUCGUUCAGAGAUUAGUCUUCAGGAUACACUCAAUAUACAAAUCGGAAGCGCUGUUCCUAAAAGAAUGCGUUACGGCUCAAGUAUAAUUUAUACUGUAACUGAUCUGGUUAGGCACCGACCAGAUUUUCAUAUCAUUAAAUCUUCAAGAAAGUCUAAUCUAUGUCUGCAUACUUAUAAAAUCGAGAGUUUCUAGAAAAGACGAAAUUAUCUUGAUAUAUUGUCUUAUUUGUCCAGAUACACAUACAUUCAUACAUACUUACAUACUUAGUCUUUCCAUAUUUUACUUAAAACACUUUAGCUAGAUUUUAGAUAUAUUUUAGGUGGUGCAAAAGAGGAGGCGCCGAAAAGCAGAUUCAUAAAGAACUUAUAAUAUUAUUUGCUUUCGGCUCUCACUUAUUUUACUUUUUUUCGUUAAUUUUUUUUCAGUAUAUUAAUGUUUAUUUUCUAAUUUAUUUCAUAUCAAUUAUACAUAAGUAUAAAUAUUUUAUUCAAAACAGAGCGAGAGAGUAAUUUAAUUAAUUAAUUGUUUAUUUAAAGUUUCUAUUUUGUUUGUUUCUAUUUCAAAUAUUCUGAAAAAUAAGAGCAAUUAUUUUAACUUGUCAUAUUUUUCUUCCUGUUAUCAUCACCAUAGAUAGAAUAAUAUUAUUCCCCAACUAUUAUUUGAUAUCCGUCUAGACUGCAUAUCUUGUUACAGUUAUUACAAUUUUUUAUUGUAUUUGAAAAGGAAGACUAUUUAUACACUUUCUGUCACUUCUUUUCUUAUUCUCCUCGUUGUUCUUGUAAUUCCAUUUUAUUGGAUUCUCUGUUUGUUCUUAGUUUUUUGUUGCUGAUGUUUUCAUCUGUGUUACCAUAUCAUUAUAGUUUUUUUGGAAUUAUUUAAAUUUUACUUCAUGGGUCGCAAAAAAAUACUCAUCAAGAAGAUUGCUGACGAACGAAAUCGUCAGGUUACAUUUACAAAACGUAAAUUGGGUUUAAUGAAAAAAGCAUACGAGUUGAGUAUACUGUGUGAUUGUGAAAUAGCUUUAAUUGUAUUUACGAGUUCACAAAAGUUGUUUCAAUAUGCUAGUUCAGAUAUGGACAAAAUUUUAUUACGAUAUACUGAAUUCAAUGAACCACAUGAAUCAAAAACCAAUAGAGAUAUAGCAGAAUUGAUCAACCGUAAAGAGGGCAAAUUUUCUUACUUAUCGGAUGGUGAUGCAGUCAGUAAUAAUAAUGAUCCGUUCUUCUCAAAUACAACUGAUCAGUUAAGUGAAGCUGAUGCUUCUAUACGAACUGGAACUAAAACACCGAUUACUUCAUCUGUUUCAAUGGCAUUGGAAUUCCCUGGAUCAAUAUCAGACGUACCAAAACAUAUUCCUGGUAUAACACAUUCUGUUACACCUGAGAGUAUAACUGACCAACAUAUGAAUGCUACACAUGCGCCAAGUUCAUCAAUGCAUUUUACUACAUCUGCUGAACGAGAAAAGAAAACUGAGAAUUUGAUUUAUCACGAACAAGAUACUACUAGUGGACUAGUAGUAGGUGAAUCUCGUGUUAAUGAGUUAUGUCGAGAGAUUAUAUUAGAUGAUGAAACAAACCAACCUUUCAAUUCAGAUCUACGUUCUAGUUCUAGAAAUCAUAUCCCUCAAAUACAUUUCGGAUCUCAAGAGUUUUCAACUCAUAAUCGUGGAUCGUAUUUAAUAGAUCCUAAUAUGAAACCUAUUGUAUCAGGUGAUCAUUUAAGUUCAUUUCGUUCGGAAAAUGUUCAAAAUUUUCGAAGUGAAGUUCAAGAUUGUUUUAAUAAUAAUCUUUUGUCCGCACUAUCAAUUAGCAAUCAAAAUACGGAUAAUUUCGCUAAUCGCUCAACUACCAAUGCACAUUUAAGUCCUGGUUCUUUUUCAGAACCAUCAAGUUAUGCAACACAGCGUUCUUCACUUACUUCAUCGAGACGUAUUAAAAGGCCUGUUUUUGAACCUUAUGAUGAAUAUUUUUAUCCCAAAACUUCUCCAAACAUAGAAUCGAGAUCGCGUUCCCCUAUUCUACCUUUGAAACAAACAACUGUCUCACCCCCCACUAGCUAUUGUGAUUCGAAUCGUCUAACACAUCUACCACCCAGCAAGCAUUUAAAUAUAACAUUAUGGGAAGGCAAUCAAACACCCUCAAUAGCAGAUUCAAGCAGACCUAAUCAAUCAGAACUAUAUAACAAUUCCUUUAAUUUAUCCUCAACAUCACCAUCCAAUAGACAGUUAUUAUCCGGUUCAUAUGAUCGUAGCCUUUCUUCAUGCUCUAAUCUCAAGUGUAAAGAUGACCCAUAUAGUACUCUUAUAAGGGAUACACAGAAUUUAUCUCAUAAUUUACAGACUUCAUCCAGUACUCUGUCUAUGCAGGAGAGAUUUAGUCAUUUCCCUGUUAUUCAUGAGUCUAUAACCUCAUUAAAUUCGUGUAAGAUACAACAGCAACCACCACAACAACUUCAGAAUCCUCCAAGUAUUCUGGAUGAUGAAAUGUGCAUUUCAAAUUUCAGCCCGUUUCAUUUUAUGUCCAAUACAUUGAAUGAUGUCAUUAAUAAUAAUCCAUCAAGUUCGAGUAAUACACAAAAUCUAAAUGAUAAUACCAAUAGUAAUGAAAAUCGAUCCCCUAAAUUCACUCAUACAACGACUAAUAAUAGUAGUAGCAAGAAUGAUAGUAUUAAUAACAAUAAUCAUAUAAUUGCAAGCGGUGUUGGUAGUAUACCGUUAAACCAAAGAUCAUUUAAACCAGAUCAGUUCAUUGAGUCUGUACCUAGUCCUGAAUUAUUACUAUUUCUUUCAUCCAAUAAUAAUAGUAAUAAUAAUAAUUUAAAAAUAAAUACAGCAACAGCGCCUAUGACAACAACAAUUUCAGAUUUAACCCAUCCUUCUUAUGAUUUACAGUCAUAUUCUUCAUCAAAGAUGUGUGUACGCACAAAUAAGUCAAAAAUGCAUUUCCCAGAUUCGUUUGGACAACUUCCUUUUAGUCAAUCCAACAAUCCUUGUCUGGAGCUUUUAUCGUUUGAUAAACCUGACGAACCAACUGCAAAUUCUCCGGUUGAAUUUUUGUCUAACCCACUUAAACGUGUACGCCAUCUUUGAAAAAAAAACCCUAGAUGUCUUAUUUUCAGAUUAUCUAUACGAUGUGAUGCGUGCUUUUAUCUCAUACUUUUUAAGAUAUAUGUAUUCUCUAUCUUAUAAACGUGGAACAAUUAUAUCUCGUUGUAUUUAAUGCACUGUUUCGCACGCUUUCAUAGACAUUCACUAUGUCAAUUUCAUGUACACAUAUGAAUAUAUAUUUCCACAUAAGUCAUCGAACCUUUUUUCACAGUUUCUUAUCAUUCUCAUUCAUCGUUUAUCCUUCUGUUUGUUUUUAUAUUUCUCACCUUUGCAUUGUUUUCUUUUUUGGAUCACUUUCAUUCUUCAUGUGUUUCUGUUUAUUUCUCUUUCAUUUUUAAUCUUUGUAACCAAGAUUCCUAUUAGAUGAGCUGUGUUAAUCAAUGAAACGAAUCUCCUAAAAUAAGUCAGCUUAAUAUUUCCAGAUAAUUUAUGUGCAACACUAAUCUAUUUCUGUAUUUUUUUUCCUUAAUUAGAAAAAUGAGGAAAUACGAUACUCUAUUUUCUCUUAUUAAUAAUUUUUUUUCCGGUCUGUUAAAAAUUAUUAUUUUAUUGCCUUAGGUUGUAUUUCUCAGAAGCGCCAAUUGUACUUUCAAUUUCAAGAUAUUAAUAUGUUCUAAGAUUGUUUUAGUUUUGUACAUAUGUCGAUUAUUAAUACUUCUUUGUAAGCAUGAUAUACUUGAGCGUAAUCACUUAGUUAAUACUAAGGUUAUAUGAAAUCAUAUUUUGUCAUAUCGAAAUAUGACAACACAAAAAAAAUUUAAUUUCAUUCAAUAGGUUCAUGUGGUAAUUAUUCCACUUUUGUCUAAAUCAACGUCCAAUUCCUUCAUAAUUCAAAUAUGAUUGAGGUGAUUUUUUAUCUAUGUAUUUAUUUUCUUUAAAAAAUUUUUUCGGUAUACAAGUAGUCUGUUCAUAAUAAGUAUACAGUUCUUAUGUAGCCAAGCUGAUAUCAAUAAUACAAUAUUACAUGAACCUUAGUUUAUGAAUUCAUUAUUAAUCC